AUGAAACAAAUAGGAGAAGAAUUUAAAAAUGAUAGUAUUACUUGGAUACAAACAUUCCUUUAUGAUUUUGGAUUUGGCCAAUUCCCUUUACCAAAACAGUGGAAAAACAUUUCCAUAGAUGGAGUUGAUGAUGAAGGCCGAGCCAUAAUGAGAAAAGCUGGAUCACUACUGUGGGAGAUGAAUGUUCCAACAGAUUUUGAUAAUUUGAUGGAUUUACGGGGAACAUUGACAUUCUAUAAAAUGUUAGAACGUCAUCAGACAUUCUGUGAAAAAAUGCUAAAAUUUCCACAAUUUCUUGAUUAUGUGCAGAAUACUCAACCUGAUGUCAUUGUACUUGAUCAUUUUCUACAAGAAUGCAUUGGAUGUUUAAGUCAUCUUCUCAACUCAUCCGUAGUGCAAUUCUCUAAUUGGCCGAUAGCUGAUGGCUACAUUACAUCACUCAAUGUACCUGCUAAUCCAACAGCCAUACCUAAAACAGGUACACCAUUCAGUGGUCUUGAAAUGUCAUUCUCCUCACGUCUCACUAAUGUUAUAUUUCAUUAUAUAAUUGUAUUUACAAGAUAUAUUCAAAUUCACGUUCUGAACAGCUUAUUUGCACGUGAAGGAUAUCCACAGGUUAACGUAAUGGACUCUGAAGCUCAACGCAUAAUUUAUGCGGGUCGUUCUGAAUUUUUAUUUGACGUCGUUCGUCCUAUAAAUAAUCGUGUAAAACAUUUUGGAGCAUCAAACUGCAAAGAUCCUAAAGAGUUUGUUAUAUGGUUGCCUGAAGACACAAAUUCAAAUGUUUCAAUUGAACAAGCCGUCAUCCCAUCAUAUCCAACUGAUGUCAUAUCCUAUGUAUCCAAUAACUCUUCAUUAUUCUCCCUAUGUGAGAGAAAUUGCAAUGAUAAGUUAAAGAAAUCAUCAUCCACAUGGACAUAUCGGUCAGAUCUAUUUGAGAAUAUACCAUCGAGCGUUGUUAAAGAACGAUUUGAACGAGUUGUUCAUCAAUUUCCAACAAUUCAAUGGAAUAUAAUCAAUAGUUCUCCUUUUAUUUUGGUCAGUUUUGGAAGUGUUGCUCAGGUCGAAAAUAUGCCCGUUCCUCACCUGAAAUCACUUCUCAACAUUUUCUCAAAAACAACAAGUGCUGUCAUAUGGCAGACGAAUUCUCCAAUUGAAGAGAUUUUGACUAAAAGAAAUAUUACAAAGCCGGAUAAUAUGAUUCUAGUUCAUUGGGCACCAAUCAAAGAACUCUUAGCUCAUCCAAACUUGCAAUAUAUCAUUUGUCAUGGAGGAAUUAAUACAAUAAAUGAGCUCUUACUCUUUGGGGUACCCGUCAUUGGUGUGCCUCUACAAGGAGACCAAGGAUCAAACUUGAGACGUUUGGCAGAUCUAGGAGCAGCCGAAAUAGUACCAAGUAGUCGUUUAUCAAAAGGAGAUCUAGAGCCAGCAAUGAGAAAAGUUGAAAACAACUUGGAAAAAUAUUGGAUAAGAUCAACACAAAUCUCAUCAAUGUUAAAGUAUUAUAGGAAGCUGCAUUCAGAUGAUCAAACAUUCUGGUUAAGAUGGACAGCUCGCAAUGGCAAACAGCUAAGAAAUAGAAAACUAUUCAAAUUACGAUAUACUGGUGAUGAAGAGAAUAUAUUUUGGAUGGAAAUACUAACUAUUCCAAUCUUAUUAGCUCUAUUGAUAUCAUACUAA